CCCCCCUGCCUUUCUCGUGAGCCGGUGACCGAGCGAGCACGCGCAGCCACAGCCACGCCCCCCUCCUGCUCCGAGGCGCGCACGCUCCUCCUCGCAAUCCCAUCUCCUGUCCCUCGCGCGUGCUCUCCCCUCGGCCCCCUCCCCCUCCGGCGUGCUCCUCCGCGCGACGCUCCUCGCCUCGCCUCGCCACGCUCGGUCUGGUAAUUCUGGUGUGAACAAGCAGAAGAACUGGGGACUUGAUACCAUCACAGAGCCCUGGCAGCAUGCGGUGGUUGGGUCCUUCAGUUGACGUGUUCCACAGAGGGAUCUCAUUGAACCUAUACUGCCACGUGAUUCUGUAAAAUCACCCCUGUGGUUUUCGCUUUUCGGUGACCUUUGCACGCUUCCUGAUUCAUAAGCUUAUGAAGGUAGUUUAGAACUUCCCCAUCUGGUUGCUGGCUUUGCUGUUUGGGUGCUGUGGUUGUUUGACCAAAGCUUCCAAGGAGAACGGAGAGGAGUACUAAUGGUGUGGAAAGCAGCUGCUCAGACGAGAUUCCGCGAAUUUAAGCAUGAGAACGGAAUCGCCGUGAGAGUUAUAGCUUGCUUCCAACCGCUGCAAAACUGCCAGGCCGAGUACUUCCGUCAUCUCCUCAAGCCUGUGACGUAGCUUCGCCUUGCUCUAGUUUGCUGCUGAAUAAAUAUACUGUUUUAGGUUUCUCUCAAUCACAAUUCAAGUGGGAGAACUUCCGGUUCAUCUGAACUUUCUUCUGGAAAUUCGGUUUGGUGGUGGUUUGUUCAUGGGGGACAAGGUUAAUCCUUGGUGCCAUUGGCCAAAUCCUUCAUGGAAACUCAAUAUCGAUAGCUAUGCAGACAAUCUCUAUCCACCUGAUGCUAGGCUUGAUGACACCAAUUCGGUGGCAUUGCCAACAUAUCUGAACAAUCAUUCCUAUAUAUGUUCUGGAGUUGCUGCGCCUGUGCCAUUUUUCACAGCAUCAGUUGCUGACACACCAUCUUUUCCAAUGCCUUCGAGAUUUGUCACAACAUUGGCACCUGGUAAGAGAUCACUGGUUUUCUACCAGAAGGAAAAACAUACUCCUAUUACAGCUCCUUUGCUGAGCAAGGGGACACUGGAUCCUGUGCCAGAGCUCCAAGGUAGCAACGAGACUAAUGUAACUGAUGUUGGAGCAGAAGACACCGAGGGUAUUCAUGAGAACACUGAUGAGAUUAAUGCACUCCUAGAUUCUGACUCGGAUGAAGGGUGGGAAAAAGUGCAUGAACUUGGCAGAGCUAGGAGGCAAUCUCCUGCAGAGAAUGACACCUUGAGCGUGGAGUCAGUGGCCAGUGCUGGUGCAAGUGCAGGUGCUGCACGACCAGCCAAGAAGAGAAAACUUAGCUCUGGCACCAACAGGUCUGUCGUUGACACUGCCAGUUCAGCAAGGCCUGAUCAUUCCUUUGAACAGAAGCUUCUUGCCAAUGACUGUGAUGCACAGUCAUGUUGCAUUGGUGAAGUGGAAAGUAACCACAAGUUUGCUCUGAGGGAAGGAGAAGCAGCCAAGGAUGACAGCCCCGACGAUCGGGAGCGGAGAAGAGAGAGAAUCCAAGAGACUGUUGCUGCACUCAGAAAGAUCGUCCCUGGAGGCAUCGCCAAAGAUGCCACAGCUGUUCUUGAUGAAGCAAUCUGCUACUUGCAGUAUCUGAAACUCAAGGUCAAGACACUGGGAGCUGUCUCCCUCUAGCUCCUGGAUAAUUGUGAUUUGGCUCUUGAAGCCACUAUUCUACGUAUAUGAACUGCAAGUAGUAAUAGUGAUAAGGUGAAGGCGCCAAGAUGGUUCCGUUUGUUACUUGAGGAUCGCACUGGAGUGAAAUGAAAGAAGAAAAGGUCCAAUAGUGAUUGCUUUACGUAGCCUGUACCCCCACAAGGAUGUAAUGAUUGAGUGCUUGCAAUGAGCAUUCAGUAUUGCAAUACUACUUAAAUUGAAGCAGGCAUGCAUGUUUUCCUUCCUCCGUUGUGGAGUACCGACGACUCCUGGAAGCCACAAGAUCUACCUAGCUCGCCACGCUACUCUCCCGCGAGCUAGUGUAGCAUCGUAUUUCCACCGCAGGGCUUUGAUCUUCUCCCUGUCAGUGCCUCAGUGUUCUACCAGCUUCCUCAAAAGGCCCGUAUGGUGUUGAUGGUGCAAUAUGUUAUGCAAAGUUAUAAAGAUAUUUUCCUGAGUGUGAUCCAAAGCAAAGGAGGAAAAGAGUCCAUUCCAUUCAAAGCGUGCUGUUGUGCUGUUUGCAUCCAUGGCUUUUGACCCAACUACCAAAGGGAGGUAGCUCGAGGUUAGGUUGCUGUGUGCGGUGAGUUCCUGGGGUCCAACCGGUCCAACAAAGUGCUAUGUGCCUAAUGUGGAAUUCAACAUCGUUGCGCCUUUCAUCAUCUCUUGCUUUCUUUCAGGUCCAUAUGCUACCAUAUAUGUGAUGUUUGUGUAUUUGGUUUGCCGCAACAUUAUACGCUUUGUAAUGAUAGCUUGGCUGGGACUGCGACGCCAAUAAUGGCCUUUCAUGUAGUGUUGUACGCCGGUAUUAUUCUAGUUUCCUUCCA